AUGCCUUCUCGAAUCCUGGACUCGCCAAUAACCUGGGAAAUGCUGGAGGCUGAUUUUAAGAGGAAAUACAAAACGGCAGCGCGAACAGGUUCAGGUCGAAGAGCCGAACUUUUUGCCGGAGGGAUGGGCUUCAUCUCCAAAAUAGCGUUGGUCCAGUUUGAUUGGAGUGAAGAUCGGGAUCGUUUACCGGAAAGUGCUAUAGUCAAGAUUACGGUACAAGACCCUGAUUUUGACUACACCAAACAAACGGCUCUGGGCUACAUAGCUCUCGAGCAUAUUAAAGAAACCGUUGGCCGCCAUUUCUACGAUAACGUCUGCCGGACCGGGGCUUUUGAGGCGCUCGAAGAGUUGGUGAAGCUCGCGGCUUUUAGCCUAAAUAACCCGGAGAGCCUAGUGGGCUGGCCGGACAAUUCAAAGUCAAUUCCGGCUAACGUUUUGGCCCGCUUUCACGAUGAGGGACCGGGGUUGGUUAAGCUGAUGCUGAGCGCAAAAUUACAGUAUCCAGAGCUGGCUGAUGAAAUGGAUUUGAUGAUCCAAUGGAUACCCCGAUUUUUUGAUGAUUUUGCGAAUUUCACAGAGCUCAGGAACAGCACUUGUCCGGCCCCAAUUUUGUGCCAGGGCGACAUAUGGAACCCGAAUAUUUUAUGGAAACUGGAUGGAAACGGGGCCUACCACGUUGAUAAAGUGAUCGAUUGGCAGUACGUUCACGUCGGAUCAGCCGUCGAAGAUUUGAUACUUUUCCUACACGCUGGGACCUCGGCAGAGGAUAUCGAGGAAAAUCUGUUUGUAUAUCUCAAUUAUUACUACAACGAAUUGGCCUCAAGAUUGAACCCUGGCGCCGUAAUGCCGUGGAAUUCUGUCCAAGAGCUCGACACCCCCCUAGGAGGACUUGGUGGUCCCGUUGGCACGCUUCCGCUCGUGUGCAAUGCCGCUGGCAAAAGCUGGGCAAUCGAAAACGAGCCCGGGGUGUUCAUCGACGUCGCCGGGGUGGGCUGUACGAGUACAGUGUGUGCGGAGAACCCAGAGGGUUGUCUC